AGAAUAGAAGUUAUUUUGGCCUGAUCAGCAGGAAUUUGUGAGAAUGGCAGCACGGUUUGGGGCCACAAUAGUACCAUUUGGAGUUGUUGGAGAAGAUGAUAUAGCAGACUUGGUCCUUGAUUACAACGACCUAAUGAAAAUCCCAGUGGUUAAUGAUUGGAUCAGAGAUGCUAAUCGCAAUGCAAUAAGAGUGAGAGAUGAGUCAAGUGGGGAGGUUGGCAGCCAAGAGCUCUUUGUGCCAGGACUUUUGCCCAAGAUACCUGGCGCUUCUACCAUCUGUUUGGGAAGCCCAUAGAAACAAAGGGAAGGGAAGAGAUCCUGAAGGACAAAGAAGUUGCAAAGGAACUGUACUUGCAGGUAAAUCUGAGGUUGAAAGCAGUAUUAAUUGCAUUCUUGCUUAAGAAGCGUAAGGAGGAUCCUUAUAGAAGUGUUAUUGAUAGAACACUAUAUAAGGCAUUACAUGCUCCUUCACAUGAAGUUCCAACAUUUAAGCCUUAAAAUAUUAAGCAAAUUUUUGUAUUCAAGUU